AAAAAUGGGUGUAGACGGAAUGGAGCAACAACCAGGAAUGAGUCCCAAUGAUUCUAGAAUACGUUUAGCUGUAUAUGAUGUUCAAAAGCAAUUUCGUAUUUAUCAUAUUGGGGUGCUUGUUAAGGGGCAAGAGUUUCAUUAUGGAAUGAGAAUUGGCGUUUUUGCUUGUGCACCUAUGAAUGAAAGGAAAACUUUUAAUGUUCGCUAUGUUAAUAGAUUGGUCCGGUGGAGGAUUAAGUUUAUGCGCUUCAUAGACAGACUAAACUUAACAACACGCUUAACCUUGGAACAAAUAAUGCAAGUAAAAGAAGAAUUGAGUAAAAAAUAUCGCAAAGAUAACUAUCAUUUACUUAAUAAUAAUUGCAUUGACUUUGCAAAAGAAUUUGUUAAAAGAAUUGCAGCCCCGGUCCAAAGAAGUUCGCUGUUUUUCUGGCCUCAAGAGAUGAGACAACCUUUAAUUAUAUGCCCUAUGCGUUUAAUCUUUCAUGAUAAGGAGAAAGGAAGCAAGAAGGAAAUUAGUGAAGACACGAUGUUAUUAAUUAAAAAUGAAAGAAGCCCAAAAAGCGAUGGGUUGCUAGAAAAGGAAAAUCUACAACCUCAACAAAAACAACAAAGAUUGUACAUUACCACAAUUAAAAUAAUGCCUUGGAAAGAUGAGGAGCGCGAUUUAAAACAAGAAUUUUUUAGAUUUUGAUAAUGAGAAAGUGUGUAUUUAUUUUGUGAUAUGUAGGAUUUAUUAUUAUAGAUAUUUAGAUGAUAUGAUUGAUAAAUUAUAAAUUUGAUUUUACUUUCUAUAUCGAUUGGAAGCAUUCCUUCUACGAUUUUAAUUGAUAGGAAAACAUUUGUUGGACGAACAUAUUGCUCUACAACAAUUGUUGGACGUCGAUUUGUUCAGCCAACAUCUUAAUUUGUCCUCUUUGAUGUUAUUAAAGCUGGUGUAGUUUUGAAACAAAUCUGUCAAUUUGACACACCUUAAAAGAUACGAAAAAUAAAAAAAGCAAUUUAAAAACUCGCCGUUCCUCCCAAUCCAAUAGAAUCCACAAGAAGAAACUGGAUCUCUUGUAAUUCAGCAGGUAAAUAGCUCAAAUCAGCAAGUAAUUGCUCAAAAUAGCGUUUGAAUAACUAAAAAAAUAAGGGAAAAAAGAAAUCUAACUAAAUCUUUACCGGUUGGUCUUCUGAAAAGAAUGAAAUAACUGAACGAAAACAAAAAAUAGGAAAACAAAAAAUUGAACCAAAACGAAGAAUUUAAAAACAGAGAAAAACCCGAAAAUUGAAAAAAAUACAUUAUGCCAAUUUGGCGUUUAAUAAAAAAUACUGUUCGUGAUUAUUUAAAUUUCUUCUUUUCUCUUUUUUUUGUUUUUAGAAAAAAACUUUUUUGUUUCAUAUAGAGCGAGAUUUUCAAAAACUUUGAUCCUUGGCCUUGAUAUCGGUUGGGUACCUUGACCAGAUUUUUGAUUUUGUGUCAAGGAAAAAUCAUGGAACUCUAAAAAAUGCCUUGAUCUUUUCUCUGGAUCCAGGAAAGAUCAAGGUCUGGAUCCAGCUCGCUCUUUAGUUUUACACUAUUAUUUAGUCAUUAUUGUGCUUGUCAGAUUAGCAGCCACAAGCUGAUGUUGAAGAGGAUGCUGAGCUGAGCCCGCAUUGAAAGGCCUUUGCCUGUUUUGAUCUCCUGUGAUUGUGUGUGCCUUUUUACAAUUAAACCUGCUGGUUUUCCUCAUAUUUUGCUGGUUUUCCAGGUUUUUCUUUAUCCAUGAAAUCUUAAAUUUCUGAUCAUUUUCAUUCUUUCCCGGAUUUUCUCUGAUUUUCCCCUGAUUUUUUGGUAUUUUUAUUUCUCGAUCUCUUGGGUUGAUCAUUCCUCUCUCUAAAUUUCCUUCCCUUCUCGUUC